UGCCAUGGCCCCCACGUUGCCCCUCCUUCUGCUGCUGUGGCUCCAGGGCCGUGUAUCAGGUGCACCUGCUGAAAGCGUGUACUCCAGAGUGAAGCACCUUGAAGGGGAGACCCUGUCUGUACAGUGCUCCUACAAAAGCCGCAAAAACCACGUGGAGGGAAAGGUUUGGUGCAAAAUCAGGAGGAACAAAUGCGAGCCUAGGUUCACCCGGGUCGGGGCCCAGGGGCCGCGCUACCUGCUGCAGGAUGACGUCAAGGCCAGGGUGGUCUACGUCACCAUGGCGGCCCUCCGACGUCAGGACUCUGGCCGGUACUGGUGCAUGCGCAAUAGCUCCGGGACCCUCUACCCUUUAAUGGGCUUCCAGCUGGAAGUGUCUCCAGCCCCCACAACCAAGAGAAACACUCCACUCACACACCUGGCCAACAUCCUUAAGAGUGACGUUGUCAUCACAACGGACAUCACGACGGACCAACCCCUGACCAGUGAGCCGGUGUUCAAACCAGGACUCUUCACGUUGGCCAGACUCUGGCCUUCCACUACUUUCGGGACCAUCAGGCUGAGUUCCAUGACAGGCUAUAGCUUCACUAGCACCGGCACCUCCCCCACGGGGCCCAGCAGGACUACAGAGUCCCAGACAGCAUCUCCUAGCCAUGCUGCCCCGAUGCCUACCCCCACCGAGGCUGGGCGCCUGCGCACCGGAUCGCCCACUGCGGGGAUGUGCCACACCAGCAGAUCUCUCCUCAACGAAUUAUCCCCCAUCAGGCCCCAGGAUCCUUACCUAGUUGUGGUGUUUGUGGUGCUGGUGUUUGGGUUCCUUCUGUUGCUUGCGGUGCUGAUCGUGGGUUAUGGGUCCUGGAAGAAGAGACACAUGGGAAGCUACAGCAUCUGCAGCAACCCUGCUAGACCCUGGAAGGACCUACCCAGAAGACCAGAGCCACUGUGGAAUCCUGCGUGGUCCUAG